AUGAUACAAUCAGACGAAGAUAAUUUAGACUCUUCUGAAACGACAGCAUCAACGUCUUAUAGUGCUACUUCAUCCACAUCAUCCAGAGCUCAGCCAAGGGCAUCCUUAUUUUUGGAGAAUCUUGAUGACGCACAUGGGAAUCCUGAUGCAGGCAUAGAGAUGGCUACUGUUGCCUAUGAGAACACAAGUAGAGGCCAAGGAUUUGCCGUAUAUAUAAACAAUGAAAGAUUUUCUCAAAUAAUGGGGGCAUCCACAAGUUCUAGCUCGAGUAGCGCCUCGUCCUCUAUUACACAAUUUCACGAUACCCAUGAUAAUAAUAUACCAAGGAACACUACAGUAGGGCCAACUUCACUUCGACGAGAUAAUGAGGAAACCGCACCAUCAAGGAACGUAACUCCUUCACAAAACGUAGCGGUACGACCAGAAAGGGUAAUAAAUUCACCAUCUUCGCAAAGAUUAAGUUGCGCACUGACAAUAUCAACUUCAGUUCUCAUGGGAGAAGAUGUUGAAGGAAGCCCUUUAGAGCAAGAACAUAGUAGGGUCGUAUCUUCAUUGUACUCUUCUUUGGCGAAUCGCGGGAACGACGAGCCAAAGAAUGGGACACCACCACGUCCUACUUCAUUUGAAGCUAAUGAAACAGCGGAACACUCAUUUUUUUCAUACCAUUAUGACGAUACUUUAGAACCUGAUGUUGAAGAAGCAGUCAGACUAACGAAGAAUAAAAAUUCCAAUGUCAAUUUUAUAAGCUCAACUGGCGGUGAAGGUCACGGUGAGGUCCAAGAUGGAGACAGAGAUCAAUAUGAACUUGUGAGCGAAUCGAAGUUUAUACCACACAAAUUAAAAAUUCCUGAGAAGGCUGGAUCAAUAAAGUCAUCGUCAAGUGAUGAUUCGCAUUCGCUUGAUGCACCAGCUACGUUGGCAAGGAGGAUUAAAAUUCCUCAGAGUCCGUCCUUAAUCGGUAACAUAUUGAUUCCUUCACAGAAUAGUGAUAGUAGCAGCGAAAACUCCCCCAAAGACCAUAUAGGGCAUAAUAAUCAAGAAAAUUUUCAUUCGACGUCUAUGCGUAAGUCCUCUACAUCCUUGGAGGAAGAAGGUCCACCAAUUGGAGUUCCUUCAAUUCCCGUCUUAAGGAGUGUGUCAGGGUCAAGCAAAUGGGCGAGGACGCCUUUACGCUUAGAAUCUGGAAGUUCAACUAAAUCUGACCCAUUUUCACGCUAUGAAGGACAUAAGACGCCCUCUCCGUUAACCAAAAUAAACAACAACAAAGAUAAAGCGCUACCAGAACAUGGACAAUUUCUUGUGUUAGCUCCAAUUAAAUCCCAAAGCUCAGAGUCAUGCGCAGAACAGAACCCUAUUAUAGAAAAGCCAGCUCGAAGCAUACGACGAAAGAACAAAGAAAAGGCAGAUAUCAGGAAAGAAGACGGAGAUGAUGUUGGAAACAUAGACCUGGAAGCAAGGAUGCCAAUUCAGCAUAUCGACACCGCGUCCAUCCAUUCGUUUGAUUCAGGUCAAAAUGGAUUCAAGGACGUUUACAGCAUUGGAAGCAUUAUUGUGAUCAUCCUAUGUUGUAUUAUGGUGCCACCGUUAUUUUUUAUUAUUGGUUGCGGCUCAAGAAGCAAAUUGGUUUCAGACUAUAGAUUAAUGAGGUUGCUCAUGAAUAAAGAACACCGAGCGGCUUUGCUGCAAGGAUUCAUAUGGGAUGUCGAUUUAAGGUGGUUCCGGAUGUUUUGUCUGAUCUUAGGGGCUGCCGAAACAGUGAUUGUGAUGGCCGGUAUUGCUAUCGGCUUUGCCGUGGGCAUCACACGUGAAUGA